CUGAACUGGGACUUUCGUUAAGUUUCGUCUCACCAAAGCCCAAAAGUUACGGCACUGACGAUGAGUCGGUGCGAUACUGACUCAUUUUGGUGUUGAAGAGGGUGUUACUAAAGGUGUUGUCCUAAAAAAUAAAUAAUAAAUAAAUAAAUAAGAUGAAAUAGAAACUCCGUCAUUCGUCUUUCGAAUUUUGUCUCACCUGCGCCUUGAAAAAUAACUACCACGCCUGUAAUACCCUCAGGCCUCUUAGUCAUAGCCUCGUAGGUCUCCGCCUGGGCUUAUAUGAUGCACAAGAGAUCAUUGCAUACCCGUAACAUCAGUGCCUUUUAUCUACACCGUACCUGCACACUGAUUAAUGGCUCAGCGGAUAAAACGUUUGCAGAAGGAGUGUCAGCAGCUGAAGGAAUCUCCUCCAGCAGGUGUGACUUGCUGGCCUGAAGGGGAUAACUUGGAAUUAUUUCGUGCAGUCUUAAGAGGAGAGGAGGGAACCGUGUAUAGCGGGGGAAUAUUUCAUCUAGAAGUAGAAAUUCCUGAGAGAUAUCCCUUUUUGCCACCAAAAGUGCGAUUUCUCACUAAAGUGUAUCACCCCAAUAUUGAUUCUGCUGGGAGAAUCUGUCUGGACCUGCUAAAGAUGCCCCCAUCAGGAAGCUGGAGACCUUUACACAAUAUCUCUAGUGUUCUUACUUCAGUCAGACUACUGCUGUCCUCACCCAACCCUGAUGACCCUCUUAUGAUUGAUAUUGCAGAGGAAUACCAGUUUCGAAGACCACAAUAUGAAGCCACAGCCAAGGAAUGGACUGCUCAGUAUGCUCAAAGUGAUAAUCCUGAGGCCAGACAGCCCAGUUAAGCAUGUGAUAUGUACCUUAGCUUUUAAUAAACAGAUGAAAUCCAGAAACAGAGUAAAAUCAUGAAUUAACACUUAAGUAUUGGGAUACUUCUUUACCUCUUAAAGGAAAAUGUAUUUGAGAACAUUAAUAGAUAUAAUUUAAUCAAAAGAAAAUUAAAUAAAAUGGUAUGGAUUUAGAACAUAAUAAAUUGUAAGUUCUUUUUAAUGUAACCUGGAAAAAUACAAUUUUUUUGUUAAUUACAUUUUAAAAUCUACAUAGCUGAAAAGAAUGAAUGCAGGUAGUAUUUAAUAAAGUUGCGCUAAUCACUGAAUAACUCCUGAAAGAUAAACAUUAAUAAUUUGUGCAUUGUGUGGUUCAUUUGGCAAAUCAUUGUGCUGUUGAAGGUAAAGGGAUACUUAGUAAUUAUUGGAAUAUUCUUAGCAAGGCUAGUUUGUUGAGUUGUUUACCUAUGAUCAUUGAAUACCAAGCAUACUCCACAUGUAGUCCUUAAAAUUUUGGCCCUAUUGUGUAUAAUGUUGAUGCGAGGUGUGUAGUGUUUGCUGGUGUUAUUCUUCCAUCUAUCAACUUGAUACAACCUUCCAGACAACUAUUCUCUCUUCUUCAAUGACCCUCAACUAUCUCACUCUUCUGCAAUGAAUAUCCUCAAUCUGUCCUUUACUCAAUCUUAACUGGAAACUUCACAUCUCAUCUCUUGCUAAAACAGCUUCUAUGAAGUAAGGUGUUCUGAGGCAUCUCCGCCAGUUAUUCUCGCCCCUUCAGCUGCUAACUCUCUGCAGGGGCCUUAUCUGCUCCUAUAUGGAGUACUCUUUGCAUGUUUGGUGGGGGUUUCACUCAGUUUUAUUAGAUAGGGUGGAAUCAAAAGCUUUUUGCCUCAUCAACUCCCCUCCUCUGACUGACUGUCUUCAGCCUCUUUCUCACCACCAAAAUGUUGCAUCUCUUUCUAUCUUUUAUCGCUAUUUUCAUGCUAACUGCUCUAAUGAUCUUGCUAACUACAUGCCUCCCCUCCUCCUGUGGCCUUGAUGCACAAGGCUUUCUCCUUCCUCUCAUCCCUAUUCUGUCCAACUCUCCAACACAAGAGUUAACCAGUACUCUCAAUCAUUCAUACCUUUCUCUGGUAAACUCUGGAACUCCCUACCUGCUUCUCUACAACUACCAUCUUCCUACAACUUGACUUGUUUUAAGAGGGAGAUAUCCAGACAUUUAUUCCUUAAUUUUGGCAAACUCUUUACUUUUCUUUUAUGUAACCAGCACUAAAGUGGGCUUUUUUUUUUUUUUCCUUGACUGAUUUCUUUCCUAAAAAAAAUAAAUAAAAUAAAUAAAUAAAAAAGAAGUAAAUAAAAAAUUUUAAUUACCCAAUACAAACAUUAUGUGAUCAUUAGAGUUGUAAUGCUGAUCCAUGAUUUUAUGUAUUUUCUAUCAGAUUUUGUUUAUGCCAUUUGGAUCUGUAUUUCACUGGCAGUCAAAAUUAUUAUAUCUUGGUUAAGAAACCUUUGAAGGUUUACAAAAGACAUGAAGGCUAUAUAAAUAUGCUAGCACAUAUAGGUUCUAAAUGGUAUCUGUUUUGCUUGUAUAGAUUUAUUAGUAAACUGUAUGUAGAUUAAUUUCUUUGUCUGUAUUUUUAUAUGAAAUCAUCUCAACCCAUUUUAUAAAUUUAACAUUUUUAAAAUAUUCAGCAAUCUGUAUACACACACACAACCACAUGUAACAUUUACAUUUGGGAAAGAUGGCUGCUCUUCAUAAAUAAAAUCCAUGUUUCUGUAAACUAGUUAAAGGUUCUAGGUUACUAAACUUGUUCUGAACUGGA